UCCUGCAGAUAUCAUUCAGGAAAACACAAUCUUGAUGGGCUGUUGUGAUAUAUAAUUUACGUUUUCCAUAGUUUGACCUUGAUUUUCAAAACUGUACAAUUUACCUUGAGUAUAAAGAGGUUGUUCUUACUUGACAACAUGACAAAAUGAAGCACAGGCAUAAGUAUAAGCAUUCAGGUUGCAAUUGAUGUAAAAGAGAACAUUUUUUCUUUUUUAUCUGACUUCAAUUUCGUCCUUUGGUAUUAAUUAGGUUUAUUGCAAGAGAUGCAAUCCCUAUCUUAAGUUGUUGUCAGAAGAUAUUUAUCUUUUGGUUAAUUCAUUGAGUUUUGUAUUCAGCAUCCUUGUUGAUGAGCAAUUUUAAGAACUGUGCAACCUCUUAAGGAGAAUACGUGGUAGGGAUUUGUUUGACUUUCUCAAUUUUUAAAUAUGGACUUACACUAGUGAUAAAUUGCAUAGCCCCUCAAAAAUGAAAAGACUUUUCUUCUGGUUUGUAAUUUGUUACUAAUUAGAAGAAUCCCUCUAAUCAUAAACUUCACAUCAAAACCUAUUAGUUGGAUUUAGUUUUAAAUUACAAGCUAAAAUGGUAGAUGUACUUACGUCUCUGGAAAGCUGUUUGAUGGAUGGGUGCUGGGUUCAGUUGAAUCUCGAAGUUGAACUUAUCCUUGCAGUAGCUGCCAACUUUUAAAACAUUCUAUAUUUGAUCCUGAGGUAGUACAUGGUAUGCCAUCUUUUUGUGUAAAACAAGAAACGUCUGCAACCUGCGAACUUCAGAAACUUGUCUAUGUUCAACUUUUGCUUAUCUCCUGUUAAUUUUCAUUUUUAAUUGGUGGCAAUUAUUUGCCCAUUGAUAAAUGUCAGUAUAUCAACUUUAUGUCAGUGCAACAAGAGUGUAUACCUCAAGCUAUGUUAGGAAUGGAUGUCAUAUGUCAAGCUAAGUCUGGGAUGGGGAAGACAGCAGUGUUUGUUCUAUCUAUCCUGCAUCAGAUUGAGCCCGUUUCUGGUCAAAUUGCUGGACUUGUCCUUUGCCAUACAAGAGAACUAACUUAUCAAAUCUGCCACGAAUUUGAGAGGUUCAUUACCUAUUUACCUGAAAUUAAAGUUGCUGUAUUCCACGGUGGUGUCAACAUUAAGAUCCACAGAGAUUUGUUGAAGAAAAAAUGCCCUCAUAUUGCUGUGGGAACUCCUGGAAGAAUAUUGGCUCUUGUCAGGGAUGGGGAUCUCGGGUUAAAGAAUGUGCGACAUUUUAUUCUUGAUGAGUGUGACAAGAUGCUUGGGGCACUUGAUAUGAGGAGAGAUGUUCAACAAAUUUUCAAGAGGACCCCUCACGAUAAACAAGUUAUGAUGUUCUCGGCUACUCUCAGUAAGGAGAUGCGUCCAGUUUGCAAGAAGUUUAUGCAAGAUCCAGUGGAAAUUUAUGUAGAUAAUGAAGCCAAGUUGACUCUCCAUGGGCUUGUACAGCAUUAUGUCAGAUUAACCGAGGUAGAGAAGAACCGAAAGUUGAAUUACCUUCUUGAUGCCUUGGAUUUCAACCAAGUUGUCAUUUUUGUCAAAAGCAUAAAAAAAGCAGCUCAGCUGAAUAGGUCGCUAGUCGAUUGCAACUUUCCUUCCAUCUGCAUUCAUUCUGGAAUGUCUCAGAAGGAAAGGUUGAACCGUUACAAAAUUUUCAAAGAGGGCCUCAAAAGAAUUCUUGUCUCAACUGAUUUAUUUGGAAGGGGAAUUGACAUGGAGCGUAUCAAUAUUGUUAUUAACUAUGAUAUGCCAGAUUCUGCAGACACUUACUUGCACAGGGUAGGUCGAGCUGGUCGAUUUGGUAUGAAAGGACUUGGUAUUACCUUUGUGUCUUCCGCUUUGGAUUCACAUGUUCUUAAUCAGGUUCAACAAAGAUUUGAAGUGGAUAUAAAGGAGAUUCCUGAACAAAUUGAUGCUACUACAUAUGGUAUGAGUUCCGAGUUCCGAUUAGUUAUUUCCUAUUUUGGUGAAUUUAAGAAAAAUGAACAAGAUGGAUGGUCUUGGAGUGGAAAAGAAACGAAAUCUCUUGUUGUUUCAAGAAUUAUUUCAUACACGGAGUUGUAUGAUAGAGUGCGGGAACUCCUUAUUGUCGAUACCACUUUAUACAAUAUGGAGAUGAGAUUUGUUGUCCCUGGCAUGACACACGUGCCUGUUGCACCAGUAAAGAUUACGACUGAUGAUGACGUGAAGUGGCUUCUCUCUGUUCACCAACAAAUUCCUCUUUGCAUCACCAUUGUCAAUUAGAGUUCAAUCCCCCUUUUUGUGGAAAACGUGCAAAAUUCUGCGGGGUAACAAUAUCAGAUGCAAAUAUUUUUGUGCCAACUAUGCUGAUAUUGUCGAUAGUGAUAUCGGUAAUGGUAUAGACAACCACAUUCUCCAUUUUAUCGACAAUGUGAUAGUGACUAUGUUUUGUAGUUAUUUUGUAGGGCCGAGAUAGUUCAAAAUAGCACUGGACAUGUAUAUUCCAAACCCCGAUUGUUGAUGAGAAUGAUGGUUGAUGGUUGGUUAUUUUUCA